GUACGCCUGGAUUGUGUGCAGUUCAUGGCUUCAAAAAGACAUCUUUUUGAAGGGAAAUGUCCAAUGCGUCUGAAUGGGGAAGUUUCAUUGAAAUAUCAGCCAUGAGCCAUUUAUAUAGACGUGACUUUAUUAUUUUCGAAGCAAAUAAUGGUCCCCAAACGAAAAUUUGUAAUGGCUAUGGUAACACAAUAUAUUUGUUUCAUUCGCCUGAAACGAAGCAUUUUGAUGUGGUGUACACUAAAGAAUUCAUAACCACAUCUUCAUAUUGCCAGUCUUUGGUCUAUGAAAUACUUUAUGAUGGUGUGUACCAACUGAAAGACUUGCCAUAUGCUGUUGAUAAAAUGCUCCAUGAUAAAGUUCCCACAAACCACAUUGAGUACUUCAUGUCAGAAAAUGUUGAGCGCCGUAAAAAGCAAAAAGAAAGAGCUAAGAUCUUUAUUGAAGCGACUACUGAUGAUAACAAAGACAGGAAUAAUGCUGUUGCAUUGAAAUGUAAACAUCACACAGAAGACCUAGAACGAGCGAGCCUUUUGAAAGAGUCUCUCAGUAUUUUUGUGUUUAACCGCAGCCUUAUUCAACUAGAAAACGUCUGCAUGAACUGUCUGAAUGUAAACAGCGCAAAAGACCUGCUUGAUAAUGGCAUCACACCUUUUCCGUAUAAAGUAGCAAAAGCUUUAGACCCGGACAUCUAUCGGAACAUCGAGUUCGAUGUUUGGAGUGAACUACGACGAGAGUUGCGUUAUGGGGCUAGGUACUCGGACGGGAGUACACUGCAAGUGGGCGUUAAGUGCCUCGUUAAGAUAGAGCCCGAGCAGAGUGGGCCUUACCACUGCCACAUUCAGGAGAUGCGCCCGGACGGCGGGCCGUGCCUCGUGUUUAUCGAGGAGCUGGGCGAGAAGCGCGUCGUCAACUACGACCAGCUGGAGCCUUUGCCCCAGGAGGAGCUCCGGCCGUGGGCGCCGCCCUACCGGUACUCCCGGGCUAACUCACAGUUCUUGACUUUAAGCCAAAUGUUGCAGCAAAUAGGCAACAUCACCCGAAAACAAGGGCUGAACAAAGCUAAGAAUAAGCCGAAGAGUGGUGCUGAAGACCUCAAAAGCCCUGACAAGGCCAGUCCCCAAAAACUAAGCAAGAUGUCUUGGGACGACGAAAAGCCACCAGAAGACAUGGCCCAAUAUGUGAACGAAAAUAUUGACUUCUCUGCGUAUCAGCACUUGGAUUUUAUUAAUUUCGAUUCUGUUGAAGUCGACGCACUGCCCCUGAUGGUGGACUGCCGGCCGGCCGCGGGGCCCGCGCCCCACGACAUCGCGCACUCGGCGCCCAACGGGGCCCCGCCUGAAGCUCACCAGAACCAGGCGGCGGCCAACAACGAGAUGGGUGCGCACGGGAUAACGUCUCCCGCCUCCGUGCGAGCAUCAACCCCAGCCACCAGCAACGCGCUCACCCCCUAUACAGGCGGUAAUCCCCCGGGCGGAGUGGGAGGUCCCGGGCCUGUGUAUUCCAACGUGGGCUUCGCUGGAGGCGUGGGGACUGUCGGUGUCAACGGGAUGGGCGGCAUGGCGCCCGCCGGCGUGGGCCCGGGCCCGGCGCCGGUUUUCGGCGGGGUGGGCGGCGUGAACUGCGCGCCAUACAUGUGCGGCAAGCUGCUGUGGUGCGCCGCGCAGUCGCCGCCGCCGCACGCGCCGCACCCGCCGCCGCCGCCGCCGCCGCACGGCGUCAACCCGCACGUGUUUAAGAGCGUGCAGGCCAACGGCGCUGAUCUGCCCAUGAAUGACAUCCCGACGCUGCGUUACUACUUCAACCUGGGCGUGGAGUGCAUGUGGGCCGCCUACGGCCCGCCGCCGCCGCACCACCCGCCGAGACACUACUCGCCGCGCGACCUGGCCCAGGACAUGCAGCAGAUGGCGAUCCACGACGGGCGCGCGCUGCCGCACGCGGGCGGCGAGCAGAACCACAAGCACGCGCCGCGCGACAACAAGCCGCCGCUCGCGCAGGGCAAGGGCGCGCAGCGGCCGCUGCUGGGCCCGCGGUGAGUGUCACACACCACAAGCAGGACCACAAGCACGCGCCGCGCGACAACAAGCCGCCGCUCGCGCAGGGCAAGGGCGCGCAGCGGCCGCUGCUGGGCCCGCGGUGAGUGUCACACACCACAAGCAGGACCACAAGCACGCGCCGCGCGACAACAAGCCGCCGCUCGCGCAGGGCAAGGGCGCGCAGCGGCCGCUGCUGGGCCCGCGGUGAGUGUCACACACCACAAGCAGGACCACAAGCACGCGCCGCGCGACAACAAGCCGCCGCUCGCGCAGGGCAAGGGCGCGCAGCGGCCGCUGCUGGGCCCGCGGUGAGUGUCACACACCACAAGCAGGACCACAAGCACGCGCCGCGCGACAACAAGCCGCCGCUCGCGCAGGGCAAGGGCGCGCAGCGGCCGCUGCUGGGCCCGCGGUGAGUGUCACACACCACAAGCAGGACCACAAGCACGCGCCGCGCGACAACAAGCCGCCGCUCGCGCAGGGCAAGGGCGCGCAGCGGCCGCUGCUGGGCCCGCGGUGAGUGUCACACACCACAAGCAGGACCACAAGCACGCGCCGCGCGACAACAAGCCGCCGCUCGCGC